UUCCUCGUUUUAAACUUAGUAUGUGUUCCUUAAAUUCCUCCGGAGUUUUAAAAGUGUCGAUCGCAGGUGGGGUUGCGUUCAGUCAGGCUCAGUGUCGGGGUCUCAGGGUUUGUGAUGUGAAGUACAGGUUGAGACCCUCGUUGAUUUUUGGGAUGCAAAUGUUUGUGAUGUGGUCUAGCGUUAGAGGGCCAAGGUAUGCUGGGUGAUCCGUUUCUAUAAUCAUGAAUUAUGCCCCCAAAUUGAGUCCUUCCAGUGUGAAUGGCCCACAGCUUGUCACAUCUGCUUCUGUUCGGACUGUUACGGAAAAGUGUCCCUCAUGAUGACACAUCCCGGUAUAUGGCGUGGACCUCGACUCUGAAGGUUGCUGAGAGACUUGCAGUUCGUCACAUAGGCAUAAUAAAGAAGUACUGAUCCUCAUGGAAGAAGAGCAGGAUUUACCGGAACAGCCAGUGAAAAAAGCCAAGAUGCAGGAAUCGGGAGAGCAAACUUUAAAUCCAGUAAGCAACCCGGACACCAGUGAUCAGAAACCUGAAACGUCAAGCCUGGCAUCAGACCUCCCCAUGUCAGAGGAAAUUAUGACAUGCACCGAUUACAUCCCUCGCUCAUCCACUGAUUAUACCUCACAAAUGUAUUCUGCAAAACCUUAUGCACAUAUCCUCUCAGUUCCUGUUUCGGAAACUGCUUACCCUGGGCAGACUCAGUACCAGACACUGCAGCAGUCUCAACCCUAUGCUGUCUACCCUCAGGCAACACAAACAUACGGACUACCUCCUUUUGGUGCAUUGUGGCCAGGUAUGAAACCUGAAAGUGGUUUAAUUCAGACUCCAUCUCCAAGUCAACACAGUGUUCUUACCUGCACUACAGGGUUAACCACAAGCCAGCCAAGCCCAGCACAUUAUUCUUAUCCCAUUCAAGCUUCAAGCACAAAUGCCAGCCUGAUAUCCACUUCAUCUACAAUUGCCAAUAUUCCAGCAGCAGCAGUUGCUAGCAUCUCAAAUCAAGACUAUCCCACCUAUACUAUUCUUGGUCAAAAUCAGUACCAGGCCUGCUAUCCCAGCUCCAGUUUUGGAGUCACUGGCCAGACUAACAGUGACCCUGAAAGUACCACAUUAACAGCAGCCACGUACCAGACAGAGAAGCCUAGCGUCAUGGGACCCAGCCCUGGAGCACAGAGACUUCCCUCUGUAGAUCCCUCUACAAGCCCUUCUCUGUCCCAGACUACACCAAGUAAAGAUGUUGAUGAUCAGUCCAAGAAAAACAUGACUGGCAAGAACCGGGGCAAGAGGAAAGCUGAUGCAAGUUCUUCUCAGGACAGUGAAUUGGAACGGGUAUUUCUUUGGGACCUGGAUGAAACCAUCAUUAUCUUCCACUCCCUUCUGACUGGAUCCUAUGCUCAGAAAUAUGGAAAGGACCCUACUGUAGUGAUUGGCUCAGGUUUAACAAUGGAAGAAAUGAUUUUUGAAGUGGCUGAUACACAUCUAUUUUUCAAUGACUUAGAGGAGUGUGACCAAGUGCAUGUGGAAGAUGUGGCUUCCGAUGACAAUGGCCAAGACUUGAGCAACUACAGUUUCUCCACAGACGGCUUCAGUGGCUCGGGAGGUAGCAGUAGUCAUGGCUCCUCUGUCGGUGUCCAGGGAGGUGUGGACUGGAUGAGGAAACUGGCUUUCCGCUACCGCAAAGUGAGAGAGAUCUACGACAAGCAUAAAAGCAACGUGGGCGGGCUUCUCAGUCCCCAGAGAAAGGAGGCACUGCAGAGACUAAGAGCAGAAAUCGAAGUGCUAACAGAUUCCUGGUUAGGAACUGCAUUAAAGUCCUUACUGCUCAUUCAGUCAAGAAAGAAUUGUGUGAAUGUUCUGAUCACUACCACCCAGCUGGUUCCAGCACUGGCCAAGGUGCUCCUGUAUGGACUAGGAGAAAUAUUUCCUAUUGAAAACAUCUAUAGUGCUACCAAAAUUGGUAAGGAGAGCUGUUUUGAGAGAAUUGUGUCAAGGUUUGGAAAGAAAGUGACAUAUGUGGUGAUUGGAGAUGGCCGCGAUGAAGAAAUUGCAGCCAAACAGCACAACAUGCCUUUCUGGAGGAUCACGAACCACGGAGACCUUGUGUCCCUUCACCAGGCCCUGGAGCUGGACUUCCUCUAACAGGACGGAACAAAGUCUUGUGUGAGCUCCUUCUCAUCCCGAGGGAGCCAGAGACUGGAACCAGCUGGGAAAUCUCUGUCUUUGCUCCAUGGAAGCUGGUGAGAACACAAUCGGACUAAGAGCCGCAGGUGGGGCUGGGAGCCAGCCACUGCCCCGCGCUCAUCCUUGCCCAGACGCCCAAGACAGUUGGAUGGAGAGAACAGUUGACUUGCUGCAGCUCCUGUGCUUUUAAUUCUCCUGUUUUGUUUUGUUUUGUUUUGUUUCGAGAAAGCAAAGAAAAGGAAAAGAAAAUUCUUGGAGCAGAGUUGUACUUGGAGUUGUGAUCAGAUUGAGACUGCUGUGUGCUUGGGAAAGUUUGAGCGCAGCAGCCUCUGUACUGUCUCCUGCAGCCUGGAGACCCUCCGUAGCUGUAGCACAAACUUCCAGGACUGUGUGUUAUUUUUUAGGUAAGGGUCUCUGAAGCAGGCUUUCCCUCUUUCUUCUUCUAGCAAGAAAGGGGCGUGUAAAAUUUCCUUGAAAAUAGUUGUUGAAAUGUCUAAAUACCUCUGUGUGACAGUCACUCCCCUGAUGCUGCUCCAGGGGUCUGCUCCGUAGGAUGGCUUCUCCCGUUCUUCCAUCUCCUAACUCAGCCCGACUCCAGGAUGCUGGGCACUGGGAAUUCUGGAUUUGGCAUCCCUCAUCCUAAAAGCCUUAGUCCCUUCUCCAAUCCAGCUUCCCCUUUCACCAGAUGACACAAAGCUGGAAACUGCUUCUCUUAGUAGAUUUGAAGCCUUCAAUUUGAUUCGUAAUUCAGAGACCGUGUCCCAGCAGGCUUCACCUCUCAACUGGAAAGGGGAAACUAAGGCCUCUUCUGAGGCUCCCUAGACAUCGGCCACUUCACAGGACGACACUCUCCGCUCCUGCACAAAAGCAGCUUCUCCCUCGCCUGCUGCCCACGCAGCCGCUGGGCUCUGAGCCUUCCUCCUCUUCAGCUCCCUCUAGCUCCAUUCAGCCCUGGCCAAGCCCUGCACGUGGGUCCCAGGGCAUCACAUCGAGUCUUGAGAACAGUCCUGUCACUGCAUUGUGUCCCAAGCUGCCACGGUGUUUGGCUUCCUUUGAGGAAACCUGCAAGCCAUGUGCAGGGUCUGGGCUCAUGUGCACCCAUGCCUCUGCCUGUAACUGAAGAGCAGCCUGCUCUGCUUUUGUCUGCGACACCACACUUUGUGUGUCCACUCUAAAACAGGAAAUUAGAGGCCACACUGUCCUGAUUGAAAUGCUGGCUCUCUUUCUGCAUGACUGGAGGCUUAAUUCUAGACCAAAUACAGGAGCAUCUCAGCCCAACCCCAGGGUUGUUAGUAGGUGCCUCGGCACUGGCUCCCGCCUUCCAGCUGGCUGGGUUUGUUUGGAUGUGCCUUGCCUCCGAGGCCCAAGUAGGUACCUGCUCAGCCAGGAUAAAUUUCCAGGCACUGACAAAACUCAGACUGUCCACGCAGCACCAAGCAGGGUGACUGAGUCCCUCAGAAAGACACAAUGUUGGUCCUGCGGAGGGGUCAUCUUUGGCCAAUCCCAGCCAUGCAGGCUUUUCCCAGUUCCAUGUAUCAUUUCCCAGAUGUCACCAUACAGGGAGGCUGACUACCCGGGCAGGCAGAUAACAAUCAAGAAAGGCUAGUGUAUGUAUUCCUUCGGAGCUGUCUGCAGAGUGCUUCAUGUCUACCGGCUUUAGGAAGCAAGUUAUGUGAGAGUGCCAAAGCGAUUGCUCCAUCACUGAGCUGCUGCUUUGGCCUCAUUUCCAUGUGGGGUAGAAGACACAGACGGCGGAGGCAGGUCUUCCCCAGACCUGUCCUCAAGCGUGAGACCCUGGUACUAGUGCUCCAUGAUGACAAUCCCAAAAAACCCCCCUCUGUCCACUGGGGUAACCUGGUUGGUGGCUCUGGCCAAGAUCAUCCUGUCAGGGCCAUGCCUCCGGCCGGUGGGGCUGCAGAGCAGUACCCCUGUCACACACACAGACCCUUCCCACACCACAUCCUCUGGGAACUCUUCGUGCAUAGACUACAACUUGGUAUUUUUCCAGUGGGCCUUUUCCUCUUGCCUGACUAUCCAGCUUAGCUUUUUCCAAAGAGAACUUGAACUUGGCAAGGAGAGGCGAGGAGGCUUUCUGAGCAGAGCAGCCUCUGUUCUUUUCCAUUGCUGCCACCCUCCCUCAUCCAGAGGAGGACAAGGGGGCAGGAGCUCAUCUUUGCCAGAAUGAAGUCUCCAGCAAACGCUCCCCUGCUCACCGUGUCUGUCCCCUCCCCAGCAGAGAGAUCUUAGAGAGUAAGAGGGAGGCCAAGAGCCUUGGGUCUGCCUACCCGAGGGCAGGCCUGCUUCCUGCAGAGUCCCCAUGAAAUGAGCCACGCAGUAAGCCCUUCGGGCACCCUGAGCACCCAGAAAUGGGCACGUGGAUUUCUUGUGAGGACUGUGGCUAAUGGAGUGGCCAGGUGGGUCGUGGCUUUCAGAGGCGGCUUAACUUCUGAAUGUAAAACUGACUGUGCCUUAGCAUCGCUCUGUCCAGGGCCCUGGGGCCUGCUCCAGACCUAGAUGCCUGUUUGGGCUUUUGUGUGAUUUGGGGUAUUCCUGUCUUCUGCUCUGCAAGUUGGUGAGGGGCAAGGCAAGUGUCCCAAGACGUGCCACAGCUCGCUUGCUCGCAGUUCUUGCAAACUCAACUUCAAAGCUCCAAGUAGAAUCCGAUUGACAAACUCUAGCUGCAGCUUGCAGAACUCACAGCUGUUCACAGCCUUGAAUGGGUGUUGGUGUCACUGGACUCCAGGAGCAGGGCCAUGGUCCCCUCUUCCUGGGAGAGGGACAGUUUAGGCCCAAAGUGGUGAGCUUGCAGCCUCUUGCUCCUCCAUAAGGGGCCAUGAGGGCUGCCCCUCAGCAGGCUUCUGUGUGACCACUUCCUCGGUGAGCAUCCUUGUUCAUCUCAAAGUUAGGACCCCCUCCCCAGCCCUCACUUUGGAGAGGCAAUAGCUGAGCUCUGAGGUUCUAGAAUACCUGCAGCUACAGGAGGGAGAGCGGAGCUAUGACCAGUGGGCCAGCUGCCCCUCCUUCACCUCCAGUCACUCAGCUCCAGCCAGCCAGGCUCCUUGGUCCCUGAUGCGCUGACAGGAGCCACCUUCUUAAGGAUGAUUCCUCAAAGCUCGACGCCUCCAGACUUCAGGCACCUCUCUCGGCAGGAAAAGGCAUUGAGCGGGUUGGAUCUGUUUAUGUGGCUGCGGGCAUUCGUGGCUGUAGUAUCCUUGACCAUAAUGUUAUAUGUAACGGGAACUAUCUCAUAAACUUGAAAAAAAAAAUAAAGUUUUUAUUUUCUAUAC